UGGUUGCUGGGCCGGGGAAAUGGCGGCUCCAGGAGAGAGCGGGGCUUCGGCUGGCGGAGGGAGCACCGAGGAAGCAUUUAUGACCUUCUAUAGUGAGGUGAAACAGAUAGAGAAGAGAGAUUCAGUUCUAACAUCCAAAAAUCAGAUUGAAAGAUUGACCCGUCCUGGUUCUUCCUACUUCAAUUUGAACCCAUUUGAGGUUCUUCAGAUCGAUCCUGAAGUGACAGAUGAAGAAAUAAAAAAGAGGUUUCGACAGUUAUCCAUAUUGGUGCACCCUGACAAAAACCAAGACGAUGCUGACAGAGCACAAAAGGCUUUUGAAGCUGUGGACAAAGCUUACAAGUUGCUACUGGAUCAGGAACAAAAGAAGAGGGCCCUGGAUGUAAUUCAGGCAGGAAAAGAAUACGUGGAACACACUGUGAAAGAGAGAAAAAAGCAAUUAAAGAAGGAAGGAAAACCUACAAAUGUGGAGGAAGAUGACCCUGAGCUGUUCAAACAAGCAGUAUAUAAACAGACCAUGAAACUCUUUGCCGAGCUGGAAAUUAAAAGGAAAGAGAGAGAAGCCAAAGAGAUGCAUGAAAGGAAGCGACAAAGGGAAGAAGAGAUUGAAGCUCAAGAAAAAGCCAAACGAGAAAGGGAGUGGCAGAAAAACUUUGAGGAAAGUCGAGAUGGUCGUGUGGACAGCUGGCGAAACUUCCAAGCAAAUACAAAGGGCAAGAAAGAGAAGAAAAAUCGGACCUUCCUGAGACCACCGAAAGUAAAAAUGGAGCAGCGUGAGUGACCAGCUGGGCUCACCGCCACAGAACCUUCCCCCAGCGUCUCCCCUCCUGCUUCGAAGGACUCAUUCUUUCCUCCCAUUGCCACCCCAACAUAGAGUAGUAGUUGCUUUUCGUCCUUUUUGUUUUCAAUACAAUUUAAUAUCAAUCAGAGUAAUUCUUUUGUACAUUGAAAUGAGGGGCUCAGUUAAAAAUGAAACCUUCCUCUACCCCCUACCCCUAGAUCAACCAGGAUUGGAAGGUACCACUGUGAGUGUUACCUUCUCUUCCCACAGCCUGUAACUUAAUGUUUUGUACUUCACUGAAUUGUGAUGGUUAGAAACUUCGUGUAUAGUUUGUGGAAAUUAUCCAAUUAAACAUAUUGCUUAAAA